AGAAGCAAUGCGCGGGAAAGGCGGAGCUCUUCUUCUAGCGCUCAGCGUUUGCUCCUUUGGCGCCAUCGUCUACUUCGCGUUCUUGGCGCAGCUCUUGCCAUCUUCGGGGCCAAAGCCUCUGGAUUUCAUCCGGGGAGAGUGGUACUAUUUCUUCCUGGUUCCCAUGACGAUCCCGGUCUUGAUCGUGGCUGUCUACUUCCACUGGCUCAGCAUGAAGCUCUUCAAGCACGCGUGAGAGCUUGGCUCGAUGGAUGCAAUCCAGAUCGCGGGCGCUGCGGAUCAAUUCCACAGGGUCCAGGAUUUCGCGGAAGUGAUCCGUGGCUGCGCGUUUGAUCGAGAUCUCUUGUCCGGAAGGCAAAUUCACGAUUGGGUCUCGCAGAGCCAGCUCCGAUCUGACAGGUUCCUCCUCAACCUUCUCAUCGACAUGUAUGGCAAGUGCGGCUGUGUGGAAUCCGCGCGCUCGAUCUUCGACAAGAUGGAGGCGCCAAACGCAUUCUCCUGGAGCACCAUGAUCUCGGCCUAUGCCCAGAACGGUCAUUUCGACGCAGCGAAGAGCCUCUUUGACAUGGCUCCAGAGAAACCUCCUGUUCUAUGGAACAACAUGAUCAGCUUGUUCGUCCAGAGCGGGGAUCUCGACGCCGCAAAGAAGAUCUUCGAGGAAAUGCCCGAUGCGAAUCAAGUUUCGUGGAAUUCGAUCGUCACAGGGCUCGCCAAAGCUGGGCAUUUGGAGGACGCCGUGUCUUACUUUGAAAGAAUGCCGGAGAAGAGUCUAGUUUCGUGCAAUGCUUUGAUACAAGCAUUUGGGGAAAAUGGAUUUCUAGAAAAGGCAGAGGGAUUGUUUGAUGGUAUCGCCCACAAGAACGUUGUAUCUUGGAAUCUUAUGGUACAAGCAUAUGCCCAAAACGGGCAUAUUGAAAGUGCCAAGUCCUUGUUUGAGAAAAUUCCUCAUCCAGACACAGUGUCGUUCAACGUGAUGCUUGCAGCUUACAGUCAAAGCAAUGAUUCUGUUUCAGUCAAAAGAAUAUUCGAUUCUAUGCCGGAGAGGAAUAUUGUGUCCUGGAAUAUUAUGCUUGAUGCACUUGCCUCAAAUGGGAAUCUUGAUCGAGCUUGGAAACUCUAUAGUAAGAUGCCUAGGCAUAAUUUGGUUACGUGGAAUUCUAUGCUAGCAGGUUAUAUAUGCUGCAGAUGGUUGGAGGAUGCCCGGAAUCUUUUUGCCCAGAUGCCAUUGACGAACAUAGUGUCGUGGACUACAUGCAUAGCUGGAUAUUCCCAGAAUGGGUAUCCAGAGGGAGCUGUUAGAAUGUUUAAGCGGCUUCCAGAGGUGAAUAUUCUUUCUUUCAAUGCUGCUAUUGGCGCAUAUUCUCAGCUGGGCGACGUGGUAGCAGCAAAGUGUGUUUUUCUGGAGAUGCCUUGCCAUACUUUGGGAACUUGGAAUGCUUUGCUACAAGUUUAUUGUCAAUGUGAGCACUUAGAUCUAGCAAAGAAAGUUUUUCACCAAAUGCCUCUUUGGGAUGGGCAUGGUUUAGAAAUAAUGCUUCAGAGCUUAGUGAAAAAUGGCAAAUUUGAGGAAUCAAUGGAUUUGUUUCUGAAGGUUGAAUAUCCAGAUGUGGUGCUUUGGACCUCAUUUCUCACUGCUUAUACCCAAUGUGGGCAUAUGAUUGAAGCAGAAAACAUAUUCGAGGACAUUCCCAUAAAAAACAUUAUAACAUACACUGCAAUGUUGCAAGGAUAUGCCAGGGCUGGGAAUUUGGAGGGAGCAAAAACUAUUUUUAAGAAUAUGCCAGAGCAUGAUUUGAAAGUUUGGAGCUUAAUGAUUGGAGCAUAUGCCGAAGCCAGGCAGAUGCAUGAGGCAAGGAUCAUAUUCAAAAGCAUGAGGGAGAGGGAUAUUCACUCAUGGGCCAUGAUUAUUGUGGCACUCAUCUCCAAUAAUUUCAAAGAAGAAGCUCUACACCUUUGCAAUCAAGUGCCAGAAUAUACUAUGUCUUCAAUGUCAUCCAUUUUGCAAGCAUUUUCCUCCAAAGGCAACAUUGAAGAGGCACAAUGUAUAUAUGAUAAAAUACCUCUUAGAAACAAUGUAAUAUGCUCCACUGCAAUGUUACAGGCAUAUUCUAAAGCUGGGAAUAUUUGUCAAGCAAAAAGAGUGUUUGAUUAUAUUCCAUGGCUGGACACCAUUUCUUGGUCCACAAUGGUGGCAUCUUUUGCCCAGAAUUGGGAGCUUGAUGCUACCAGGGAAGCCUUUCACAACAUGCCAGAGAGGAAUCUUGUGGCAUGGAAUGCGCUGAUGGUGGCAUAUUCCCAGGUUGGGAGUUUAGAACAGGCUGCGAAGAUAUUCGCUUGGAUGCCAGAGCGUGAUGACGUGUCGUGGAGCACGUACAUUGUGGCGGCAAGCUCCACUUUUGGCAACGCGAUCGAGCUCCUCCACGCGAUGGUCUUGCUAGGGUUUGCGCCGGACAGGGGGACGUUCUUGGCGGUGCUGGGAUCGCCGCGGUCGAUCGAGGAGAGCCGGCGCCAGUUCUUGUCAAUGGCGCUGGAUUUCGGGCUCCAGGCGUCGAUCCGGCACUACUGCUGCAUUCUCGGCGUUCUUGCGAGGUCGGGGCGCAGGGAUUUCGCAAUGGAAUUGCUCGAGAGCAUGCCGUUCUGGCCGGAUUCAGUGGCAAAGAGAUCGCUACUGAUAUGAGCCCUAGAAAAAUAUGAGCGAUGCGAAGCUCUGGCUGGAGAAUUUGAUCACAACUCAGGUUCGACCGGUAUUUGUGAUUUCUCUUUUGAUUUUGGAAGCCUGGAACUUUACAGCCACAAACUGUUCUUUCUAGCUCGUCUGUGGUGAUCGUCGUUCCAAUGGCGGACAACUUCUAUCAAACGUAAGAUUGUCUAUGGCAGGCCAUCAUUGCUGGACUUGCAAACUUAAGCACGCUUUGAUGGAGAUGGUUAUUCUUCCUACAAAAAAGGAGUGAUCUUUUCAGGGAUUUUCGCAGACCAGCUCCAGGCUUGCUGGCCAAGGCAGUGGCAUCUGAGCGGCCUAUAGUGCAUUCUUUCUUCGUCGUUCACUUCAAAAUGGUGGGUUGGGCUUCCCACAUGAAACUUCGAGUUCGAAUCGUUUCCAGAUAGGCAGCAUUUUGUUCGAAUGAACAUGAUGCUGGUCGCAGGCUCAAAUCGGAAAAUUUUUGAGCCAUCAAGGACGAUCGAAGUUUUUUGUGAUGGGUGCUACUAACAGGCCAGUGGAAAUAGAUGAUCCAGUACGGAGGCGUCUCGUGAGUCCAACGCGUGAUCCUUUUUUUAAGUUCUCCUCUUGCUUUUCCUCUCCAGGUGAAAGAGAAUAUGCGUCCACUACCUGACUCUGAUGGCCGCAGGUCACUCCUACAAAAUCUUCUCAAAGGACAGCCCAUGUCAAGUGGGAAAGUUCUGCUUUUUUUUUUUUCUUUCCUCUCUUUCUCGCUGAAUCCUUCGGUUUUGACAGGCUCUGACUUGGAAAAGCUCGUGAAAGACACAGAUUGUAACGUUGUUCUUUUCCCCAGAUAUUGCUUUCUAACUGUGGGAAGCGGCUUGGCAUUCUAGGAGCGACCUUCGUGCGCUAUGCGAGGAAGCAGCGAUGAUGUCAAUUUGCGAACUUGGUCCACUGGUGGAAACGAUCAGGUCCGCGGCCUCAAUCUGGGAGAUUUUAGAGAAGCUCUUUAACAAUCGCAUUGCAAUGGAUGGAUCUCGACUUUGGCUCCACCUCCAGCGAAGAAAAUGUUAACAAAGAAGGUAUGUAUCGUUGUAAACAGCUGCGAUCACUUGAAAUCCACCUUAACGCAUCAACAAGGCACAGUAUGAUUUCCUAGA